AUGAAAAUCUGUGGGGAUUACACACCUACUGUCGUUAUAGAGAUUCAAUUGUUACGACGAUGCGAAAAGAUGAUCAAUAAUAUUGACGAUAAAUUGGUCGAGGUCCUAAAAACAGGGUUUGCUGGUGAUGUCGACUUGAUCUCACCAUCAAUAUACAAUACACUGACGAUGCAAAACGUGGUUGGCAGCACAGGCGCUACAGCAGACGCUGAAAUGCUGAUGGUGCUUCAAGCCACUGAUUCUCGUUCCCGCCUUAACGAUGACUCUGUUCAUAUAACCGGCCAUCAGAGUUUGUGCAUUAAGUUCGGAGAUCCCAUCUUUCUUCUUACUAAGAUUUGUCGAAGAGUCAAUACCAUAAAGUAA